GUACACCCAUGGACAUCGAGAACACACAUCCAUGCACAAUAGCGCGUAGAAUUGUUCACACCCGUGUUUAUUUAUUAUAGCCGCGUAUAAAAUGUCGAUUUUUUCAUUUCUGAAGAGUCGCCCAGUUUUCUGGCUGAGCGUCGCUGGAACCACUGUGGGUGGCGCUUGUUUUGUAAAGGAUCUUAUGCAAGGCACCAAUUUCACAAAAGAAACCGAUGAAAGCAACAAAGUCGUUAUAGUGACCGGCUCCAACACGGGCAUCGGCAAGGAAACUGUGCGGGAGCUGGCACGGAGGGGAGCCACAGUCUAUAUGGCCUGUCGGGAUAUGAAAAAGUGCGAAGAAGCACGAGAGGAGAUUGUCCUAGAGACGAAAAACAAAUAUGUGUAUUGCCGUCAAUGUGAUUUAGCUUCCAUGGAUUCCAUACGUAACUUUGUGUCCACUUUCAAGCGGGAGCAGGAGAAGCUCCACAUACUCAUCAAUAAUGCAGGCGUCAUGCGUUGUCCGCGCACGCUGACCGCUGAUGGCUUUGAGAUGCAGCUGGGUGUCAAUCACUUGGGUCACUUUCUGCUGACCAACUUAAUGCUAGACAUCCUCAAGAAAUCGGCCCCCAGCCGCAUUAUAAAUGUCUCUAGUCUGGCGCACACGCGCGGUGAAAUCAACAUGACGGAUGUGAAUAGUGAAAAGUCCUAUGAUGAGGCUAAGGCUUACAAUCAGAGCAAGUUAGCGAACGUUUUGUUUACAAAGGAAUUGGCCCGCCGCUUAGAGGGAACUGGAGUCACGGCGAACGCUUUGCACCCUGGCAUAGUGGACACCGAUAUCUUCAGACACAUGGGCUUCUUUAGCAACUUCUUUGCAGGCUUAUUUGUUCGCCCCCUGUUUUGGCCAUUUGUGAAAACUGUACGCAACGGGGCACAAACUACUUUAUAUGCUGCUCUCGAUCCGGACUUGGAAAACGUAAGCGGUGCAUAUUUCUCCGACUGCAAGAUUCAAGAGCCGGCGCCCGCAGCAACCGAUGUUCAAGUCGCCAAAUGGCUCUGGGCCGUUAGUGAGAAGUGGACACGUGCAGAGAUACUGGAUGUCAAGACUGAAUGAAAUGCAGUUACCCUUU